AUGUUUAGACCAUCGUCACAAAGUGAUUUUGCUCGAGACGUUGGAGAUUUUUCUAGUGGUCUCACAAAUUCAUAUUUUGAUUUCACACAUUCAUCAGCACCAUCUUUUAAUCAGUUUACUCGCUCGGAUAUAUUGUUAUCAAACCAGAUUUCAAGUCAACCUUCAGCCGCAGCAACGGCUUUACAAGCCACGCAGACUCCCGCAAUAGCAGGUGAAUGCUGCACAGAAUGUUGUCCCGUCGCUGCUGCACAAGCUGCAACAACGAACCGAGAAUUGGAAUCAAAUAACAUUGUUGAUGGAGCUGAUUUUCAAAAAUUCCCACCUUUUAGUUUUUCAGAUCCUUCCUUAAAUUAUAAAUCUAGUAUUAGUUCAAGUAUUAUGGAUUAUGGAAAUUUUUCACAUAUUCUUGGACAGAAUUCAUCGACAUUCAGGAUGCCUUUUUUUCGACAUCCUCAAGAAGCAAGAACUUUUACGUCACCACAAUUUCACAAAAUGAUGCAAGAUCAUUUCACUGCAUUCUUAUCUGAAGGGCAGCAACAAAAUACAGAUUCUAAUGUUUCAACAACUUCAAUUCAGAUAUCUCCGAUUCCUUCAAUCGGAGAAAAGGUUCAAAUCAUGUCUUCAAAUAUUGAGACUUCCUUAGAAUCGAACAGUGCUGUUUCAACAAUGAUUAGUCAAGUUGAAUCAUCUGCUUAUAACAUGACUAUUUCAGAAGCCGCUUUAGAGGAAAAUACCGAAAACACGUUUGAUGCAACCCAUUCUGGAUCGCUUUCAGAUAUCGAAGAUAUAGCAACGACAUCCAUUUCAGAGUCGACAUCAAUUAAUAAAGUAGGUUCCAAACGAAAAGAAGACGAUGCUUUAGAUGAGACGCGAUGUCUUUGGUCUACCUGUGCUGCUGUAUUUAGAUCCAUUGACGAACUUAUACCUCAUCUUUCAAAAUUACAUGUUGCUGGUCGUAGUAAAGGCAAUUUCUGUCGAUGGGCAUCUUGUUCAAUGGAAAAGGAAGGAAGUGAUGAAUUAAUUAAACAUUUAUGUUUAGACCAUUUGGAAACGAGAGAAUUCCGACAUGGAUGUAAAUGGCAAAGCUGUCAUUUACGAUUUGAGACUUUUGAAGAGUUAACAGGUCACGUUAGUGACCUUCAUAUCGGAUCUGGAAGGAGUCAAUAUAUUUGUUAUUGGGAGAAAUGUGAUAGAAAUGGGCGACCAUUUACUCAACGUCAAAAAGUUAUGAGACAUAUUCAGACACAUACUGCUAAUAUUAUGACUCAACAUAUGAGAACUCAUACAGGAGAGCGUCCCUUCAAAUGUACACAACCUGAUUGUGACCGGGAAUUUUCUAUUUCGGGAGCAUUAACUAUACACCUGCGGGUGCAUACAGGUAUUUAA